AUGGACGACGAGCGCCGUAACCGGUUCUUACCCGAAGGCCAGGCGGGGAAUGGAGGAGGUGUGGGUGGCCAGCAGGGAAUUGCAGGAGGGGGAAACCACCGAGCGGCCUCGCAGCCACCUCAUCCACCCGCCACGUCAUCACCCUUCGUCGGGUCGCUUGGCGCUGCCGGCAACCCCACGACGGCGUCAAAUUGGCAGGCAACCUCGCCGUCACCAUCUUCUCCCGCCCACCACCUUCCGCCAGCGACACGCUCAUCCUCGUUCAGUGGAGGUCGAUUUGGCAGUACUUUCGAGGAUGACGAGCUCUUAGAUCCCGACGACGAGCUUUACGAUGCGCAUUACGGCUCGUUUGCGCAGUACAGAGGACGGCCAGCUUCCAAUGCCAUCGACCUCUCUCGCAGCCGGUCCCAAAGCUUGGCUGGCGCUAUAGGCGCUGGCCGUUCACUUAGUUCAUCGACGUCUUCCACAUCAUCUCCGUUGCACGGCUACCGCCCGACCUAUGGCCUCGGCAGCGCCGCCAAUUCAUACGUUACGUCCAAUCUGUACGGCAACAACGCAUAUGCGGGCCAUAACAACCUCGCGGGCGGACGGUUCAAUUCGUUGGGGAGGAGGGAGCGCGAGAGAGGGGAGAACACCAACACAAGUCCGUUUAUGCGGGAUGUUGGUGCAUUGCUGGACGAUGUGGCCGCUCCGGGUGGUAGUUUCCGUCAGUUGUGGGAGCGCGAACGGUUGUCUGGGGUUGGGGCAAGCUAUGGCGGUCGGGGCAUCAGAUAUGCGGGCGAAUAUGAGGACGAUUAUGGGGUUGACGACGAUUAUGAGGCCUAUGGGUAUACCGAGAGUGGGGCCACGAGCAGACGGCACAGUGUUUCCGGCCAGCCACGGGCUAGGAUGACUGGGUUUGCGGCUCCCGAUGCAAGCGGCUUCCAGGCUGACAAUCCACCUGUCAUUCCGUCUGGUGGGUUUGCUCGUCGAGGCGGGGGAGGUGGAGGUGGCCUAUUGCUUACGGAUGACGACCUCGAAGGCGCGCUGGGCUCUUUGUCGCUCAAUACGCACACCCAGACUCCGCCCUCGCCAACCAGGGGGAGAUAUUUCGACAGCGACGCGAGUGUGUUGCCCCGGUCAGUCUCGCAGCAGCGAUCGCGGGAAUGGGCAGAGUAUCCUGCGAGUCCAACCUCGCCUGUUAGAGUCCGUGUCCCGAGUACGGCGAGUAGUCACGGGCCACUAUCGCCGCGGGGAGGGGGCGGAGGCGGAUAUAUGCCGCAGUAUCCUCAGCAGCCGCAUUAUGCGCCGCCUGCUCAUCAGCCACACGCACCACCAUCGCAGCCGGCCCAUCAGCAGCAGCACGACAACCAGGGCAAGGGCAUCCCGCUGCACGCCGUCCCGCCCGAGUGGCCGCUCUACAUCGUCGAGUUCAAAGCGGGCCGCACGGACCUGUUCUACCUGCCGCUUCCCCGCGGCAAAGACGAGCCGGCGCCGGAGCUGCAUGUGGGCGACCUCGUCAUCGUGGAGGCGGAUCGUGGCAAGGACCUGGGCAAGGUGAUCAAUGAUAGCAUCACGAUUGAGGAGGUGGAGGCGUACUGGGCGGGCAGAGGAAACCAACCGCAGCCGCAAGGCCAGGGAUCCCCGCCGACUUCGCCCGGCGGGGCAGGAGAGACUGGCGGCGGCGGGAAGAAGGAGAUCUCGCCGAAAAUGAUAUACGGCAAGGCCGGUGCGGGGGAUGCGCAACUCCUUCUGGCAAAGAUGCAAGACGAGCUGAAGGCGCUGGCUCUGUGCCAGACGAAGGUGCGCGCAAAGAAGCUCCCGAUGGAGGUCGUCGACGCGGAGUACCAGUGGGACCGCCGCAAGCUGACGUUCUACUUUGUCGCGGAGAAGCGUAUCGACUUCCGCGAGCUCGUGCGCGAGCUGUUCCGCUUGUACAAGACAAGGAUCUGGAUGGCCGCGCUGGGCGGCACGGGCGGGGCACCGCAGGUGGAGGCUUGA